CCACACCAAAGAAAAUCCCAGAAAUUUCCCAAUCUUUCUCGCCGGUUAGUCACAAAACUUUCCAGAUUAGGGUUUCUAUCUUUCUCUCUCUCGAAAGUAUAUUUUUCAAGGUGAGAUCUCGAAUCUAUCUUCCCCCCAAAACAUGUUUUCGUUUAAUGCGUGAAAACGCCAAUACGACUCCGCUCCUAUCUCCUGACCGCAUCAUCAAACCCUAAAACGCCAACUGCGCUGCGAACAUGGACGAAGGCGAGGGCUGCGAUCAGAUUGAGCAGUUCCACCGGAACGAGGCGAUCUCAGCUGUUGCGGACGAGGGAUUUUUGGGCGAAGAGGACGACGAUUACGAAGAUCUUUACAACGACGUCAAUGUCGGUGAGGGUUUCUUGCAAUCUCUUAGGAAAAAUGAGGACUUAGGGUUUCAAAAUCAAGAUAGUAACAACAAUAAUAACAGCACUAAUGCUGAGAAAAAGAUCGACCCACCUGUUGUAGCGCCGAAUACCGGUGGUCCCGUGACUGGAGAUAGUAAUGUUUCUAGGGUUUCUGGUUAUGAAAGUCAGGGCUUUAGAGGGAGUGAUAUGGGCCAGAAAGGACCCACCGUUGGAUCUGGGGGGCUUAGGGUUGAAUUGGGACCGAAUUCUAGUAAAAUGAAUGAGAUCGAAGAGCAGAGUGGUAAUAAUACUAGCAUUCUUAGCAGCAACAACAACAACAAUGUAAGUGUUCAAGGGAAUAUUGGCCAGCAUUCUCAUAGUGUUGGUGGUGUGAAUGUGGGUAAUAUACCCAAUGAGAAUAUGGUUAGGAAUGUGAAUGGAGGAAAUAUGAUUGGUAAUGGUAGUGGUGGGGCUGGGGUUGUUGGCCUCGGUGGAGGAGCCGGCGGUGGAGGUGGAGGUGGAGGUGGAGGUGGAGGUGGAACUAUAUUGUUUGUUGGGGAUUUGCAUUGGUGGACAACAGAUGCUGAGCUAGAGGCUGAGUUAUGCAAGUAUGGUGUUGUAAAGGAAGUAAAGUUUUUUGACGAGAAAGCUAGUGGAAAGUCAAAAGGGUAUUGUCAAGUUGAAUUUUAUGACCCUGCUGCAGCUGCGGCUUGUAAGGAAGGGAUGAAUGGACAUAUAUUUAAUGGAAGGCCAUGUGUUGUGGCUUUUGCAUCGCCUUAUAGUGUGAAGAGGAUGGGAGAGGCUCAGGUAAAUAGGAAUCAGCAGAUGGCUCAGGCUUCACUUACUCAAGCAAGGAGGGGGAAUAAUGAUGGCGGUAAGAGUGGGGGACCAGGUGGUGCUGGUGGGGCAAGUGGUGUUGCAAUUGCAACUGGUGGAAACUAUCAAGGUGGAGAUGGGAAUAGAGGUUAUGGGAGAGGAAAUUGGGGGAGAGGGAAUGGGCAAGGGAUGGGUGGUAGAGGUCCAGUUGGUCCAAUGAGGAAUAGGGCGGGAGGUGGGAUGGGUGGGAGAGGUAUAAUGGGGAAUGCUGGAAAUGGCUUUGGCCAGGGCAUUGGUGCUACCCCUCCAUUAUUGCAUCCCAGUUCAAUGAUGGGGCAAGGGUUUGAUCCAGCGUUUGGCGCACCUAUGGGGAGAAUGGGGACUUAUGGGGGCUUUCCUGGGGCUCCUACUCCUCCAUUUUCAGGGAUUCUAUCUUCCUUCCCGCCUGUUGGAGGUGUGGGGUUGCCUGGAGUGGCACCACAUGUAAAUCCAGCAUUUUUUGGAAGAGGAAUGCCAAUGAAUGGCAUGGGAAUGAUGCCUACAAGUGGUGUUGAUGGACCCAAUAUGGGAAUGUGGUCAGAUCCUAGUAUGGGUGGGUGGGGUGGGGAGGAGCAUGGUGGUGGAAGAGCUGGCGAGUCUAGUUAUGGUGAGGAAGCUGCAUCUGAUCAUCAGUAUGGUGAGGUUAGUCAUGAUAGAGGAGGUUGGCAGAACACCAUUAAGGAGAAAGAUAGAGCUUCAGAAAGAGACUGGUCUGGAUCAUCUGAUAGAAGGUAUCGAGAUGAUAGGGAAGCUGGUUAUGAUAGAGAUAUGCCUAGAGAAAAAGAUAUGGGUGGUCAUGAUCAUGACUGGUCGGAGAAAAGGCAUCGUGAUGAAAGGGAUGUUGGUAGAGAAAGGGAGAGGGAGCGUGAAAGGGAUAGGGAACGAUCCAGAGACCGUGAACGUGAGCGAGAAAGGGAUCGCGAUCGGGACAGGGAUCGUGAUCGUUAUAGGGAAGACCGGGAUAGAUAUGUUGAUCAUCAUAGGUACAGGGACCGUGAAGUGGACCUUGAUGAUGAUUGGGACAGGGGUAGGUCAUCACGGACUCACAGCAAAUCAAGAAUAUCACAAGAGGAGGAGCAUCGUUCAAGAUCAAGGGAUGCUGAUUAUGGAAAGAGACGAAGGCUUACAUCUGAGUAACAUAGUAAUCAACCUAUUAUUAGCAAAAUUCAGAAAGUAUUGGGUUCAUCAAAUUUAUUUUGAAUCUCAUUGAAGAGGUGUUUUUGGGUUCUUCAUUUCUUUAACAGCAGUUCUCAGUUCAUUGCCUGAAGUUUUUCUGGUUGCUUCUUCCCAUGGCAGCAUGGUUACAUUAUCUUGCAAAAGGACUUGAAGGCAUAUGAUCUUGAGAAUCAAGGCUGUUCGACAGAGUUGUAGGUUUUAAACAGAGAUGACAAGUACCUCAACCUUCUAUUUGAGAGACACCGCAAUGAACCUGCUCUUUGCCUGCAUUGAUGUAGAAGCGGAACUUUUGGUUUUAAGUUGUUAGCUUUCCUUUCUCGUUUAUGUUUCAAUUAAUUAACACUUGAUCAUCGAACCAAUGUUGUGGAUUAUGUUAUGGCUUGAAAUUGCUGAAGUCUGGAUGCGGUAGAUUAAUAUAGAUCUUACUGUUUGAAUGUGAUGUAAUAGGAUUUAGAUUAGAGGAUGUUACUGAUGUGCCCUUUCUGAUUAACUAGUUGUAUCCUUUCUAGCUUC